GUUCUCCAGGGCAUAGGAAAGGUAUACCUCCAGGAUUCUUUUCGGAGCAGAUUUAUUAGGAUGAGCAUGCCAGCCCCACCCAGACUUCUGGACCUGGCAGGACAGAGCCUGCUGAGGGACCAGGCCUCAGCCAUUGCCGCUCUGGAAGUGCUGCCUAUGGAGCUCUUCCCACCACUGUUCACGGCGGCCUUUGCUGGGAGGUACAGCGAGAUCCUGAAGGUGAUGGUGCAGGCCUGGCCUUUUGCCUGCCUCCCUUUGGGGGCCUUGAUGAAGGAGCAGCAGCCCCACCAGGAGACCUUCCAAGCUGCACUCGAUGGCCUUGAUGUCCUGCUUGCCCAGGAGGUUCGCCCCAGGAGGUGGAAACUGCAGGUACUAGAUUUACGGAAGAAUGCUCAUCAGGACUUCUGGACCGUGUGGUCUGGGACGAGGGCCAGUAUGUAUUCCCUGUUGGAGCCAGAGGUGGCCCAGCCCAUGAAGAAGAAGCUAAAAGUGGAUGGUUGCAAGCCAGGGCCCAAGCCACCCUUGGCUCCUGUGGAGGUGCUGAUAGACCUUUGCCUCAAGGAAGGUACCCCUGAUGAGUCCCUCGCCUACCUCAUCCAGAAAGUCCAGCAGAGGAAGGGUCUGCUGCACCUGUGCUGUAAGAAGCUGAAGAUUUUCGCAAUGCCCAUACAGAACAUCAAGAAGAUCCUGAAAAUUGUACAGCUGGACUCGAUCCAGGAUUUGGAAGUGAAUUGCACCUGGAAACUGUCCACACUGGGGAAGUUUGCUCCUCAUCUGGGUCAGAUGGGCAGUUUGCGCAGGCUCCUCCUCUCGCACAUCCACAUGUCUUCCCACACCACCCCGGCAAAGGAGGAGCACUGUGUCAACCAAUUCACUGCUCAGUUCCUCAGGCUGCACCACCUUGAGGAGCUCUAUUUGGACUCUAUCUCCUUCCUGGAAGACCGUCUGGACCAGGUGCUCAGCUGCCUGAAGACCCCCCUAGAGACCCUGUCAAUAACGAAUUGCCUGCUUUCAGAAUCUGACUUGACACAUCUGUCGCAGCACCUGAACGUCAGUCAGCUUAAGGACCUGGGUCUCAGUGGGGUCAACCUGACCAAUAUGAGUCCUGCACCUCUCCAAGUUCUGAUAGAGAGAGCCUCCGCCACCCUCCAGGACCUGGACUUAGAUGAGUGUGGGAUCAUGGACUCCCAGUUCACUGUCAUCCUACCUGCUCUGGGCCGCUGCUCCCAGCUCACAACCUUCAGCUUCUGUGGAAACCCCAUCUCCAUGGCCGUCCUAGAGAACCUGCUGCGCCACACCAUCGGGCUGAGCAAGCUGAGUCAUGUGCUGUAUCCAGCCCCCUUGGAGAGUUACGAGGAUGUCCGUGGCACCCUUCACCUGGGCAGACUUGCCCAGCUGCACGCCAGGUUGAAGCAAAUGCUGCAGGAGUUGGGGCGGCCAGGCAUGGUCUGGUUUAGUGCCAACCCCUGUCCUCACUGUGGUGACAGGACCUUCUAUGACCCAGAGCCCAUUCUGUGCCCCUGUUAUAUGCCUGCCUAGCUGGAUAUACACAUAUCAUAGGCUUUAUUCUGGGCACAGAAGCCCAGGGUAAGUGUAUCUUAAAGGAGCAUGGAAGCCACAGUUUCAGAAAAUCUGCCCCAUGUGAGCAGGAAAAGGAAAGGUGAUUCAGCAGGUGGGGGGGGAUGUUGACUUGGGAGUUAAUAGGAUCUUUGGAGAGAUGCAUCUUCUAGCAUUAGAAAUAUGAAUCUGAAUUUCUAGAGGGAGAUUCGGGUUUGGGCAAUAGAUGUGGGAGUUACCCCUGCCUGCAUGGUUGUAAAGACAUGGUCAGAAAUAAAGAGAACCUCAG